AUGAGAUCAACAUCUUGUUUCCUAUUAGUAUUUUCUUUUUUUCAUUUUCUAUACAAUAUAAAUAUAUUGAGAAUAUCUAUAGUUAUUCAAAGGAAUUCUUUUUUAAAAUUAACAGCUGCCAAUCAAAAUCCUAAUGGAAAUGAUGACCCCAUCUCACAACACAAACUAGAACUUGAAUUAUUAUACGGUCAAUUUAGUAAAGUUAGUCUUUUACUAGAUAGAAAAACGGAAAUAUGGAGGGCUGAAUGUGAGGGGUUACAUCUUCCCCAAACAAUAGAAGAUUUUUGUAAGAGGUUAUUACAACGUAUAAAAAUGGCUAUGGAAUACCAAGAAAAUUUAAGAAGGAGAAUUUCUAGUAAAGAAGAUCUAGUAAGAAAUUUACAAGCAGCUAAUAGUUAA